AUGAAACCCCCACCUUCCCUAUGGCGUCUCCCUACACAAGUCCACAUCCAAAUGAUCCCUAGUCCGCGGAAACUAGCCGAUACCCGACAGAUCCUAUCCGCGCUCCAGAAAUUCGGCGAAGUGACCACAUUCCGCAAUCUCAAGUAUGAUAUAUCCAAUGAUUCACCAAACAAACAUCGUCCUAUACUGGCGAUCUUUGACUCUGCCGAUGCUGCUCAACGCGCAAUUGCUUCCUCGCCCAUGACAAUAACGCUCGACACUCCAACACAACCAACCCCAAUCUCAAUCUCAACCUCAACCUCAACCUCAACCUCAACCUCAACUUCCAAACCCAAAUCCGACUCUGACUCUAACUCCUCCUCAUCCUCCUCCGAACCUACAAAAGAAUACAAAACCCACGACCCGAUAUUCAAUGGUAUCGCUCCGGGAACAAUAAAAUGCAUAAUCGAACCUUCAAGCCACAACCAUGAAAGCGCGUUGUGGCGCAACCCGUAUCACGGCAUGUUUAUCGUGAACGAGAAUGACCCGAUCUACAAAGACAUGAACGAUGCGCGGACUGGGACUCCGCUCAAGGUUCUAGGAGAUUUGUUGGCGAGUAAGAAGGAGAGAAAUGCUAUGACUGAUGCGCAGAGGAAGCAGGCGAAUAGACGAAUCUUUAAGAGGCAGAGUCUAACAGAUGAAUGGAGAGCGGGGCAACCUAGUCGGAAUAUACCUGUGUCUCGUAUAAAGGAGCUUCAUGAAGUUUGA